UAUUGCUCUUGCUGUAUACUGUAGGAACAACAAUCUGUACAUAUCCUAUUCUGUGAAACAUAAUGUCAUUUACAGUCAACUAUCUAACCCUAAUCAAAAUCAUGAUCCGUUCUAGACUCAUGCUCAUGUUAUGACAGCAAGCCACGGGUAUAAAGAGUUGUCAGCAUAGCAUAAAAAGUAUUCAAAUCCAAUAUCCGGUCAUCUCUUCAAAGGGUUUGUUUCGGGGUUUCCAGCUCAGUGGCAUAUGUAUUUCCCAGUCUCGGCUGUCUCUUUAAGACAACGAUAGCUUUGUGUCUGAUUAAUUCAAUGUAACGAGAGAUGCAUUGGAGAAACCUAUUUUCCGCUGUUACUGUGGAUGUACCAGCUACAGAGAGUGUGAAAACAUUUCUUUCCUAUUGGUCAUGAUCAUCGGAUGUUCCAAUUGGCGGUUAUCAUAUACUAAAGUUAUAACGUGAUACCGUUAUUAUAGGCAACGGAUGUGGGGAUACAAAAAAUAUGGAUUUAAAUUAGCUGGAAAUUAAGUCUCCAUAAUUUCAUCAUUUUUCUGUAAGAGGAUUUACCAAAAGUCGUUUUGGAGGAAUAAGAAUAUUUACAUUAAAUUGUUUGGAGGGGAGUUUUAUUCUGACUGCACGAAAUGUCUGAAAAACACGGUCUGGAGGACUCCAAUCGGCAGGCCAUGUCCCAACCCAUGCAGCAAAUGCAGCCCCCUCCAUACCUCCCAUCCCAGGACCCUAACAUUGGCCAACAACACUCCAACAUGCAGCACCCCAACAUGCAGCACCCCAACAUGCAGCACCCCAACAUGCAGCACCCCAACAUGCAGCACCCCAACAUGCAGCACCCCAACAUGGGCCCUCCACCCAGCUGUGGCCCCCAGCCCAACUACCCCCCUCCACCCCCGCCCCCUGGCUCCGAUGGCUACCAGGAGACCCAGUUCCACAAUGGAUCCUACGGACACCCAGGGGCCCCACAGGGCUACACAGUCCAGACCCAGGGCCCGGGAGGGGGGGUCCCACAUGCCCCUGUAGGGUAUUUUCAACCAGGAUACCCUCUCCAGCUGCAGCCCUGCACAGCCUAUGUUCCUGUCUACCCCAUGGCGUCGGGACAGCCCUACCAGGGGAUGCCCCAGGGUCAGAUGGGCAUGCAGAUGCCCCAUGGCAUCGCUCUGAUGGAGCCCCGUCGCCCGCCUCACGACUACUUGCCCAUCGCUGUGCUCACCACCGUCUGCUGCUUCUGGCCCACAGGAAUCAUAGCCAUCAUCAAGGCAGUACAGGUGCGUACAGCAGUGGCCAGGGGGGACAUGGUGACGGCAGAGAUAGCGUCCCGCGAGGCGCGUAACUUCUCCUUCAUCAGCCUGGCGGUGGGCAUUGCCUCCAUCGUCCUGUGUACCAUCCUCACCGUGGUAGUCAUCAUCGCCUCCCAACACCAUGACGAUGACUGGGAACCCUAAUACAUAACACAGUGUGGCAUCAUGGGAUGUGUAGUUUUGGGUGGAGAUUGAAGAAUAAGAGCACCGGAAUUCACUCUCUGAAACUGGUAUGUUAUAUUGGGGGGUGUAUAUAUGUGUGUGUGUGUGUGUGUAUAUAUAUAUAUAUAUAUAUAUGCACCCUGUGUACUGUAUACAGUACUGACCUGACCUACUGACUACUAACGGGUUGAGAACCAAUCACACUUAUAUUCAAUUGCCAAAACAAAUAGAUACACAUUACUUGCCAGUAUUACUUACCAUUUACACUCGGAUAUAAUAGCGCUCCAUAGCACUUAUGGGGGAAACAGAGUACAUACACAGAGGCAUUAAAGGGCAAUUCCACCACAUUUCAACCUCAUUUUCAUUAUCUAUAGCACAGUACCAGUGUCUACAUAUGUGAAAAUGGCGCAUGACAUCAUCAAAAGUACCAACAAACAAAAAAACUGAUUUUCAAAAACAAUGAGAUUCACAGUGACGUGGGGAGUAAGAAAAUGCCCUCCAUCUGGCUAGAAACUCGUUGCAGGUUUUGAAAAUCCGAGUUUUUCUUACUUUCCCUCCUGCCUUAUCACAGAGAAUAAUCUUUAGGACCUUCUUCUCUUUUUAACCACAGAGCAUAGAAACGUGCAAUUUUCACAUAUGUAGACACUGGUAUGGUGCUGGAGAUAAUUAAUAUGAGGUUGAAAAGUGUCAGAAUUGCCCUUUAACUAUGAAUUACAGAUGAAUUUAUGGUCCCCUUGAACCUAGGUAGACCAAACCAUGGAUCACACUGUAUCUUGAUAAACUAUUUAAGCCUUCACAAAACUGCCAAAAAGAUCACAAAUCAUGACUGACAUUAGUGCCAUAUAUAAAUAGUAUUGUGUAAGGAGGUUGUUUAGAAUUACUUCUAAUAUAAAUACUUUUAUUGAAUUAUGUUUAGUCAUUUAUAGUUUUUGAUUUAUGAUUUUCAUAAACACCCGCAUCUAACGAUAGUAUUUAAAAAAAUAUUUAUUAAAUGGAUCGUAUAAAUUAUAGUAUAAGACUGCCAAACAGACGUAGGUAUGGAGGGAUACAAAUAAUCAGUAUUCAUUUUUACACCCAAUCAAAUGGAAACUAAAUAAAGACAUAUUGUUCUCUUAUUAUGAGAUUAAUAUAUAAAAAUUGUGGACUAAAAGAUUGGGAUUUUUCUCGUGAGAUGAAUGACAUCUCUAUUUUAAAGUUGUGCUGGCGGAGGGAUACACCAUAGGGUGUACUGUGACCGUGUCUUUUCUCCCGCCUUUUUUUUUAUAUGACAUGGGACUAUUUUAGCUACAUUGACAAAUUGUUUGUUGCAUAAGAUUGUUUAAUACUUGUUCACUUUAUUUAUGUAUGUAUUUAGGUAUAUUAUAAUGUAUUAGUUUAUUUAUAAUAUUUAUUUUUCAUAGAUUAUUAGCAUGUCACCAUUAUGUUUUAGUCAAUAGUUUAUUGUACCCCUAUUGGCCUACAAAACCUUAACUAAACUCAGCAAAAAAAGAAAUGUCCUCUCACUGUCAACAGCGUUUAUAGCAAACUUAACAUGUGUAAAUAUUUGAAUGAACAUAACAAGAUUCAACAACUGAGACAAAAACUGAACAAGUUCCACAGACAUGUGACUAACAGAAAUGGAAUAAUGUGUCCCUGAACAAAGGGGGGAAUCAAAAUCAAAAGUAACAGUCAGUAUCUGGUGCGGCCACCAGCUGCAUUAAGUACUGCAGUGUUGCCAGUUCUUGCUGUGAGAUGUUACCCCACUCUUCCACCAAGGCACCUGCAAGUUCCCGAACAUUUCUGGGAGGAAUGGCCCUAGCCCUCACCCUCCGAUCCAACAGGUCCAAGACGUGCUCAAUAGGAUUGAGAUCCAGGCUCUUUGCUGGCCAUUGCAGAACACUGACAUUCCUGUCUUGCAGGAAAUCACGCACAGAACGAGCAGUAUGGCUGGUGGCAUUGUCAUGCUGGAGGGUCAUGUCAGGAUGAGCCUGCAGGAAGGGUACCACAUGAGGGAGUAGGAUGUCUUCUCUGUAACGCACAGCAUUGAGAUUUCCUGCAAUGACAACAAGCUCAGUCCGAUGAUGCUGUGACACACCACCCCAGACCAUGAAGAACCCUCCACCUCCAAAUCGAUCCCGCUCCAGAGUACAGGCCUCGGUGUAACGCUCAUUCCUUCGACAAUAAACGCAAAUCCGACCAUCAGCCCUGGUGAGACAAAACCACAACUCGUCAGUGAAGAGCACUUUUUGCUAGUCCUGUCUGGUCCAGCGAUGGUGGGUUUGUGCCCAUAGGCAACGUUGUUGCCGGUGAUGUCUGGUGAGGACCUGCCUUACAACAGGCCUUCAAGCCCUCAGUCCAGCCUCUCUCAGCCUAUUGCGGACAGUCUGAGCACUGAUGAAGGGAUUGUGCGUUCCUGGUGUAACUCGGGCAGUUGUUGUUGCCAUCCUGUACCUUUCCUGGCAGGUGUGAUGUUCGGAUGUACCGAUUGGGUUACACGGGGUCUGCCACUGCGAGGACGAUCAGCUGUCCGUCCUGUCUCCCUGUAGCGCUGUCUUAGGCUUCUCCCGGUACGGACAUUACAAUUUAUUGCCCUGGCCAAAUCUGCAGUCCUCAUGCCUCCUUGCAGCAUGCCUAAGGCUCGUUCACACAGAUGAACAGGGACCUGGGCAUCUUUCUUUUGGUGUUUUUCUUUAGUUUCCGAAGUUUUCAUAACUGUGACCUUAAUUGUCUACCGUCUGUAAGCUGUUAGUGUCUUAACGACCGUUCCACAGGUGCAUGUUCAUUAAUUGUUUAUGGUUCAUUGAACAAGCAUGAGAAACGGUGUUCAAACACUUUACAAUGAAGAUCUGUGAAGUUGUUUGGAUUUUUACAAAUGAUCUUUGAAAGACAGGGUCCAGAAAAGGGGACGUUUCUUUUUUUGCUGAGUUUACAUUACAUUUGAUGACGUUUGUGAUGACUUGCACUUCCCAGCGUUGACAUAGCACAGAAACUGACAUAAUUACUUUGUACACCUUGGCUAAUGUCAGCAGGCUUAGAAUUGUUUUUAUACACUCCAAUAGACAAUUAUAUAAUUGUAGAAAUAGACACAUUUAGAACAACAGUUGCUUGUCUAAUUGAAGUGGUUGGUCCAUUUUCUAAUUUCAUAUAGAAUAAAGUAUUGCAGUACUAAGAAAAAAGCUACACAUUUUAUGGAAAGUGCUUGGAUGGACGCAAGAUUAAAAAGGCUAUGUAAUUAUAUAUAGGGCUAGUGUAGUGUAAAUUUGAGAAAUUGCAGCUUUUGCAAAUAAUGUUUUGUUAAUAUUAAUGGUUAUAAUAGCCAAUAAAAUAGUAUUAUCUUAGUUAAUAGUUUAUCAGAGUAAAAGGUUGUAGACAAAGAACUUAUAUGCUACAGACAAUACUCUGUAAUGCAUGCCAUUAUUACAAUUCUCUCAACUUUUCCCAAAUUGUCUUAUCUGAUAAUAAGGGUUGCGUCAAACACAUUUGGUCUCUAAUCUAGCCUAUCACUUUAUGAGGUGUGCUGCCUCGUGUUGGAGAGCCAAGAGGGUUGCCGCGUAACAGCGUGAACUAAAAUGACCUGAGACGGAAUCAGUGAAGCAGAAAUACUGAUGGUGGCACUGAAAACGAAUGUCUCUGAGGAGAGAGAAAAAAAAUCUAUGCCUAAUAAUACAGUACACUAGCAUUUUACUCUCCUCAAUUUGUCUAUUAUUACCCCAAUAGACCCCCUCUAUUUCUCUCUGUCUCUCUUUCUGAUGUCCAUUGCAAAAUUGGAACCGUAGUUCUAGACAUAUCUCUAAUCUGCUUCUCUGUUUUCAAUUCCUAUGAUAAAGUUUUUCAGAGAUAUAGAAAAUGUAUUGUUUCUCGUGAAGGACCAUGAUUACAGAUUUGAAUAUUGUUAUUAGGGUGAUGUUUUAUUCCAAAAGUAUUAUUAAAUUAGUAUUACUACUAUGGUUAUUAUUCUGUUACAUGGAAAUCUCUUUUACAUUUGAUUAUCAUUACUAUAUUUAUAAUGUACAUUGUAUUUGGAGAAUAUGUUCUUAUUCUGAUAACACAGUGUUCUAGAAAUAUGUUGAGUGCAAAGUAAGCACAGUACUGUGACCCGUAGUGCUGUUACUCACCUCUAUACAAGAGAUGUAUUGGUAUGGAAUGUUCUUAUGCUUUUUAGGCUCACUCCUCGCAUAUCUAGUUGUGUUUAGAUCUACACUGUUCUCUCCCCACAUACUUGUUUUGUGAGGCCGUUCUGUGUCAUUUAAGAUGACAGGCUGGGCAAAUGCUACUGCUUCUUUGCAGUAUUCAUACCUUUUCUCUGAGCUUGUAAAUGUAAUGGAUUGGCAUUUUCAAAUUGGCUGGCACAGUGUACAUGUACUUUUCUUGGGGUUUAUUUCUGUUCAUGGAUAUUACACAUGCAUCUGUUGUGUAUGAAUUGAGUUGUUUGAAUAAAAUGUUAUUUUUUUGUUGUGCAAGAGUA